ACGACUGGGGUCAGUCAUGUCGUAUUAUGAGGACGACUCACUCCCUCUAGCUUAUGACUGUCAUUACUUGACAAAAAACCCUUGGUACUGACCCUGACUGCGAGACUACGCUGCCCUCACGCAAUGUCAGAAACAAUACGCCAUGGCUGAGAUUAUGGACAUCGAUAGUCGUCGCGGGACAAAGAGAAAGGCAGGCGAUCUCGGCGACCCAGACUUGAAUACGACCAGGCGAAUCAAGGCACUGGACCCAGACGUUGUGAACAAGAUUGCAGCCGGCGAGAUCAUCGUUGCGCCCGUGCAUGCGCUCAAGGAGCUCAUCGAGAAUGCCGUGGAUGCCGGCUCAACCUCUCUCGAGGUUUUGGCCAAGGACGGUGGCCUGAAGCUUCUCCAGAUUGCAGACAACGGCAGCGGCAUCGACAAGGAAGACCUGCCCAUCUUGUGCGAGCGGUUCACCACCUCCAAGCUGCAGAAGUUCGAGGACCUGUCCUCUAUUGCUACAUAUGGAUUUCGUGGGGAGGCCCUGGCAAGUAUCAGCCAUAUCGCCCAUCUGACCGUCACCACCAAGACCAAGGACUCCCACUGUGCCUGGCGAGCUCAUUACGAUGGUGGCAAGCUGGCUCCAUCGAAGCCCGGCCAGAGCCCUGAACCUAAGCCCAUGGCAGGCAGGAAUGGUACAACUAUUACUGUCGAGGAUCUGUUUUACAAUGUCCCAACCAGACGGCGUGCAUUCCGUUCCGCUUCGGACGAGUACAACAAGAUCAUAGACAUGGUCGGCAGAUAUGCCGUUCACUGCAGUCAUGUUGCCUUCUCCUGCAAGAAGCAAGGAGAAUCCUCCACAAGCAUCUCCGUGCCUGCAACGGCGUCAGUGGCCGACCGCAUUCGUCAGAUCUAUGGAGGUAGUGUCGCCAACGAGCUUGUGGAAUACUCUACAUCUGACGACCGCUGGGGUUUCAAGGCAGACGGCCACGCGACCAAUGCCAAUUACCACAUCAAGAAGACCACCCUGCUAUUGUUCAUCAACCACCGCUGUGUCGAGUCUACCAACAUCAAGAGAGCAAUCGAGCAGACAUAUGCAGCUUUCCUGCCCAAGAAUGGUCACCCCUUCGUCUAUCUCAGUCUCGAGAUUGACCCCCGGCGGGUCGACGUCAAUGUCCAUCCUACGAAGCGGGAAGUCAAUUUCCUCAACGAGGACGAGAUCAUACAGGCAAUCUGCGAGCACAUCCGUACCAAGCUUGCUGCAGUAGAUCAGAGCCGCACUUUCAUGACACAAACUCUCCUCCCAGGCGCUGACUGGGAAUCUUCGCCAAAUCAAGCGGAUGAAGGCAUGGCCCCUUCAACUAGAGCUCAAGCUUCUAGCAAGAAAACUACACGCCCAUACGAGAACAAUCUUGUUAGGACAGAUGCCAACCUCCGCAAGAUCACGAGCAUGUUCGCGCCCACCGGCGGAAGCACUUCGUCCACAGUGGGUGACAAGACGAUUUCGGACCUUGUAGCUCCUGAUGCCCAACCUCCAGAGAUGAUCGACUACGAGACCAAUGACCGCGAGCAGAAUCCAUGCAGGCUCGCUAGCGUGCGCGAGCUUCGCUCUGACGUUCGCGAUGAGAUGCAUCACGAGCUAACCGAGGUGUUGGCAACACAUACUUUCGUAGGCAUUGUCGACGAGCGACGGCGUCUAGCGUCCAUUCAGGGCGGAGUAAAAUUAUAUCUAAUAGACUACGGCCGUGCUUGCUUCGAGUACUUCUACCAAGUCGGGCUGACUGACUUUGGCAACUUUGGCGUCAUCCGCUUCAGCCCGUCUCUCGAUCUGCGCACCGUGCUGCGCGUAGCCGCCGAACAUGAGAAGAGCAAACAAUCUGCUGCGUUAGACGUGGGCGAGGACUUCGACGCCGAGGAGGUCGUCGAGAUGGUCUCGGCACAGCUCAUUGAGCGCCGCGAGAUGCUCUUGGAGUAUUUCUCGCUCGAGAUCUCGCCGACGGGCGAACUCAUCAGCAUUCCGCUGCUUGUCAAGGGCUACACGCCCUCGAUGGCCAAGUUGCCCCAGUUCCUCCUCCGGCUCGGCCCACACGUGGACUGGACGGAUGAAAAGCCCUGCUUGGACACGUUCCUCAAGGAGCUGGCAACGUUCUACGUGCCCGAGAUGCUCCCGCCUACGCCGGGCACUGUGGAGGAGGCGGCAGCAGAGCAGAUCGACGACGAGCUGAGGGCGCGGAGAAGACACGUGCGCUGGGCGGUGGAGCAUGUAUUCUUCCCUGCGUUCAAGGCCAGGCUAGUAGCGACGAGGUCGUUCAUGAAGGGUGGCGUCCUAGAGGUUGCGAAUCUGAAGGGGUUGUACAGAGUGUUUGAGCGAUGCUGAAGAGUGCGUUUCGGUGUUGUUGGCCGCAUGGCGUUUCGGCUGGGAUGCAAGAAGAAUAUGUUGCUACAGUGUAGAAUCGGCGUGAGUAGUGUCUAUGGGCUGCUCCGUAUCUACGUCUCCGACCCAUAUUAUCAAUAGCUACUUUUGCUAUCGGUCUCAGCUUGUGUAUAGUCAUGGGCAAUCA